AUGUCUGGAAGCGAUGAAACCAAUUCGAUUCCAGCAAAGUCGAAAGUUGAUGGAAUCGUUGAUAUUAUCAGUGGAGCUAUCACUGAUCCUUGUCUCCGGUCACUGCCAACUGGAUUUCAAUUGCAAUACUGCUCUCCGUCUGAUUCAUUUCUGUGUCCUCGUGGAACAUUUUGCCAAAUUGGUUCUGGACCACAAGAAACAUUCUGUUGUCCAAUAAUUGCUGACAAUCCAUGCAAACAAACGCAAGAAUCCGGAAUUGGUUUAACCGGUUUAAGGCGUUGGUACUAUGAUGCCAGUGAUAAUUUCUGCAAAACGUUUGUUUUUAAUGGUUUCAAGGGGAAUCAGAAUAAUUUUUUGACAUUUCGAACAUGUCAGCAAAGUUGCGGCGCUACAAAUCCAUGUGGAAAUGGCGAACCACAAAUGCAGACAAAUGCACAUGAACAAUGCACACCAGAAAAUGUCCAUUCAUGCCCAAAAGGAUUUUAUUGCCGAGUUUUGGAUGAUUUGACAAAAACAGCCUGUUGUCCGGGAACUGAUCAAAGUAUGCUUAUCAAUGGCAAAAAUAUGAUACUGAAUCCUACGGCAAACAUUAACUCUGCUUAUGGUAGCAUCUAUAACGAGUUUACGAGUGGCAGUGGUAGUUCAUCCACCUUUGACAGAAGCAGAAUUGUUGAUUCGACUGAUACCGCUGAGAUGGCGGCUAUUAGUGGUAUCUCACCGAUCAGCUCUAUCAGUUAUUUCAAUGCCAAACCUAUUCUUUCCGGUGAAUACCUCGGAUAUAUGUCAGGUACAGCCACUGAUAUUAAGUCAGGUUUCGGUAAUGCAUCACAACCAAGUACUUUUGCCAGUCAGUUUGGUGCCAGGAUUGAAGCACCUGAUUUUAGUGGAGCAAAUCCAUUCGCUAACUUUUAUUCUGGUAUUCCAAAAAGUCCUGUAAUAUCUGAAUCAAUUAGUUCUGGUAUUCCGAUAUUUCCUGGUGGUAAUCCGGUUAGCACCGGUAUCUCUACUGAUUCAUCAGUUGGGACUGCAUUUGGAGGUGCUAGAAUGUCAAACGAAUUCAAUACUGGGGUACAAAAUUUAGUGUCAAAUACAGCGAUGGAAACAAUUCGAGGAAAUCGUUGUUUGCAACCGCUUGCACCUGGAACCGGUACAUACAGUUUGCCACGAUACUACUUCGAUACAGAAGCAUCACUAUGUCGACCAUUUAUAUAUUCGGGAUUCGGUGGCAAUGAUAAUAGCUUUGAAACAAUUCAGGAAUGCCGGAUGGCUUGUCCUGAGUAUGACAAUCCUUGUCCUCUUGGAUUGCCAUACGUUGACAGAAAUGAUGGAAAUGUUGCAUUUUGCUCAUCUAUUAAUCCUUUAUGUCCUCCUAAUUAUUGGUGUCACAUAGGAGAUCGACGACAAACAUCAGUCUGUUGCCCAUCUUUAGCAAAUGUAAAUGCACUACCAAUUACAAAUCCACUAAGACCGCUAAGAAGUUUGGUAUCGAUGAAUUUUAUGCGAAAUUUGAAUGGUGCAGCUCUAGACACAGGAACUGAUUUGGUAGAACAAAAUGAUAUGGUCGGAAUUAUACCUUUAGCAUGCUUUCAGCCUAUGCUAGAGGGCAGAGGUAAAGCAAAGCUUACUCGAUACUAUUUUAACAGUAUAGCAAGAACGUGUGAAAAGUUUAUUUAUUCUGGAAAAGGUGGAAAUCAGAAUAAUUUCUUGUCAAAGACGGAUUGUGAAGAAACAUGCCCGAUAUUAGAGAAUCCUUGUGAAAAUGGCCUGCCAGCUAUGGGUCCAGAAGGUAACCCAAUACUAUGUGACAGUGACACCACCACUACCAGUAAGUGUAGUAUCGGUUACUAUUGUCACAUUGGUGCGACAUCCUCAACAACAGUUUGUUGUCCUGCAAUUGGUGAUCCUUGUCGUAUGCCAGUAUCCAGUGGAAAUGGAAAUGCAGUCUUGAAUCGUUGGUAUUACAAUACACAAUCACAAAUUUGCGUGAAUUUUGUUUAUAGUGGUCAAGGUGGUAAUUCAAAUAAUUUUCGAACACGUGAAGAUUGCAUUAAAGCAUGUCCUGAAUUUAGAAAUCCCUGCUCUACUGGACGUCCUCAUAUCGGUCUAAAUGGGCAAAUUACACGCUGCGGCGCUACUGGACCGUUGAUAUGUCCAACAACUUAUUGGUGUCACAUUGGUGCAUCGCUGGAGAAUUCGGUUUGCUGUCCUGCUAAUGGGAUACCAUGCGAGCAGGAACUAGAAGUAGGAAGCGGUGAUGCAUUAUUGGUACGAUUCUAUUAUGAUUCAGCAACGCAUACCUGUCAGCAAUUCCAGUACUCUGGUCUUGGGGGAAACGAGAAUAAUUUUCUGACGUUACGAGAUUGCGAAGGACGUUGUCCAGUACUGCCAAAUCCAUGUGGACUUGGACCACCACAAACAGAUGAACACCAGAAUCCAGUUAUGUGCAGUGCUACCGAUGCUAGCGUAUGUAACACGGGCUACUUCUGUCAUAUUGGUGACACAGAGGAGACAACGGUUUGUUGUCCAGGAAAAUCCAAUGAUAUUUGCAAUGAACCGAGUGUACCGGGAACUGGUCAAGCACAGUUGAACCGUUAUGCAUUUGUAUCGUUAACCAAACAGUGUUUACCAUUUAUUUAUACCGGUUUGGGUGGAAAUGAAAAUAAUUUCCUGUCACGAGCAAGUUGUGAAGCAACAUGUCCUGUAAUUUCAAAUCCAUGUGCAGACGGUGAACCAGCAGCAGGAAGUGAUGGACGAUAUCUAAUCUGUUCAACUAGUGGACCUAAUAUUUGUCCGGUUGGCUACUGGUGCCAUGUAGGUGCUGAUAUCGCUGCCUCUUUGUGUUGUCCUGGUGCUCAAAAUGCAUGCGUUUUGCCGCUUGCGGAAGGUUCCGGAAGUGUAGCAAUUCCACGCUGGUACUUUGAUCGUCGUUUACAUCAAUGCGCUACAUUUACCUAUUCAGGUUAUGGUGGUAAUCAGAAUAAUUUUCAAACAUUAAAGGAAUGUCAGGAGAAAUGUCCCGAAUUAGCGAAUCCAUGUUCAAUGGGUGAUCCAGCCCAAUCCAUAGAUGGUAAUAUUUUGCAAUGUACCGCAUUACAUCCCCAAUGUCCAACAUCCUAUUUCUGUAACAUUGGUGCGACACCUGAGACAUCAGUUUGCUGUCCAUCGUUUGGUCAACCCUGCUUAUCACCAUUAGCUGUCGGAACCGGAAAUGCUUCACUUAGCAGAUGGUUUUUUGAUCAAAAUUCUCGGCAGUGCCUUCAUUUUAUGUAUACUGGUCUUGGUGGUAAUGAAAAUAAUUUUUUAACAGCUGAAGCUUGCACGCAAAAAUGUCCAGUUCUUCGAAAUCCAUGUCCGUUCGAAAGUACCAUAGCAAGUUCGAAUAAUUUGCUAGCGUUAGCAAAAUGUAAUAUUCAAAACGCAUAUUACUGUCCACCAACAUAUUGGUGUCAUGUAGGUGGUGAUGCUGAUACUACAGUGUGCUGUCCAGGAGCUUCGGAUCCUUGUCAGUUACCACUAUCUCAAGGAAUUGCCACUGAUAAGGGACCAUACACUCGUUGGUUCUAUGAUCGUAUUUCUGGCUCUUGUAAGCCAUUUCAAUAUGCUGGUAUUGGUGGUAAUCAAAACAAUUUCUUAACAAGAGCCGACUGUGCUAAACAUUGUCCAGAAGGUGAACCUGUUAUGGUAGUAUCACCAUUAUCAUUGUUACCACUGUCAAAUUUAUCGGCUAUCUGUCCAACAGGAAUGCCAUAUCAGGAUGAAAGGGAAGUAAUCAUACAUUGUUCUGUCACCAAUCCGUGUCCUGCAAAUUAUUUUUGUCACAUUGGAGCUGACAUAUCAACAACUGUAUGUUGCAAAGUCACAACAUUCAUGUCACCAUGCAGCAUUCCGGUACAAAUUGGUCAUGGAAUCGGACAAGAGAAACGUGUGUAUUACAAUGCUGCUCUCCGGCAAUGCAUACCAUUCAUUUAUUCCGGAAUGGGUGGAAAUGAAAAUAAUUUUUUGACAAUUCAAGAAUGUGUCGUCAAAUGUUUAAAUGAUGAAUCAAAUGUUAUUCGAUAUUUUGAUAGUGGUUCAAUUAAUAGUGAUGAAACGAAUUGUAACGAAACAAACCAGACAAAUUCAAACAGAUGUAAUUUUGUGAAAGUUAACGAUACGACAACCAACAAUAUCAGUUCUAGCAAGAACGACGAUUAA